AUUUGUACGUAAUGGCGGGCGCCUGGUCGCCGGACUGCGGCGCAGGCUACUCCUGCUCUCGCCGUGGCCGUGACGGCAGGGCCAAGUGGAGCGAGUCCUCGUUGUUAGGCCGGCGGCUCUCGGAGGACUCGAGCCGCCACCAGCUGCUGCAGAAGUGGGCGAGCAUCUGGAGCUCCGCGAGCGGCGAGGCGUCGGAGGUCGGGGCGGAGCAGGCGCCGCGCGAGGCGGCGGCGGCUGAGGAGGAGAGGCCGCUGGUGUUCCUGUGCUCCGGCUGCCGGCGGCCGCUCGGCGACUCGCUGAGCUGGGUGACCAGCCUGGAGGACGCCAACUGCAUUCUGCUGCGCGGUGUUUCCUGUAAUGUUUCUGUGGAUAAGGAGCAGAAGCUCUCCAAACGUAAAGAUGAAAAUGGCUGCGUCCUCGAGACCCUGUAUUGCGCUGGCUGCUCCCUCAACCUCGGCUACAUAUACAGAUGCACCCCCAAGAGCCUGGAUUACAAGAGGGACUUGUUUUGCCUCAGUGUUGAAGCCAUUGAAAGCUAUAUUUUGGGAUCCUCUGAAAAACGGAUAGCAUCAGAAGAUAAAGAGCUGUUUAAUCUUGAAAGCAGAGUUGAAAUAGAAAAGUCUCUAAAACAGAUGGAAGAGGUGCUGCAAGGCCUGCAGAAGCAGCUGUGGGAGGUGGAGUCAAAACUCUCCUCUCCCGGCUGCAAGAGCUGAGCGCUAAGUGAGCAGAGCUGGGGAGUUACCUGGACGGCUGUGUUUGAUGCUAAAGAAGUGACUGUUCCCCACGUUCAAGUGUUCAAGCCAUUUUACGGAAUUGAAAUUUAGGAGUUUUUAUUUUGGUAAGAAGCUAGGAUGGUUUCUGAACUGUUUUCUCCUCUGUGUCAAAUUCCUUGUUCUCCAUUUCCUGUUUUUUUAAGCUAACUCACUGCUGAUGCUUUGGCUCGUUCUGGAACAUUGAGAAAGCCUUGGAGGUUCCCGCAGCCGGAAUGGCCGAACGCUCUCUGGGGAGAACGGACGCGCGCGGCCCUCUGGGGAGACGUGCCGUGUGGGUGACUUUGUCCUGUUGACUUACUGCUGCGGGCUACCAGUCUGGGAGACACGGAGUGCGGGCUGUCAGUGUGUGUAACGCAGGGCUUUCACAGAGAGAACGGGGUUAUUUUUAUAAUGGGAAAGAGAAUAAAGAGGAAAGCACAGCGCCUUAAGAUCGCCUUUCACCCGGUGUCACAGAUCCCGGUGCCACACCGGUGCCACAAUACGUGCGCUGCUGAGCGUGGCACUGGGCACCAUGGCGGCCCCUUCCUGCUGCUGGCUAUGGACGGGGUGCUCCGCCUCUUCCUGGAACUUCAGAAGGCGUUCCCCAGAGGAUGCUGGGUUCCCGCAGCCCGUCACAGCACAGGGCCCACGUUCAGGGGCUUGAUCAGUUCACCAGUACUGGGUUCUUCUUGUGACGUCGAAACCUGCUAGUAGAACACAAGCGAGCCCUCUCGUCUCCUUGCUCACAAGCUCGCCGCCAGGUGGAACGUGGUCCCACGAAGGCAGCAUCAGUCCCUGCUGGCCUCCAGACGGCCGUCCAGCCUCGGGAAGCUUGCCGGGCCCUGGCGGCACCUGUGCGAAAGCUCACUCUGAACAGGUGCGCCAGUGAGCUCACACCAGUUUCCGCUAGUUCAGCGGUCAGUGCAGGGGCCACACCCCCUAGUCCUGUGCACCUGUCCACCCUGGGCAGGCGGGGCUGUGUGCUGUUUGAAGCCAGCCACACAUCACGAAGAGAGUUUCUAAUCUCCAUGGUGCUAAUUAACAAAGCCCUCAUUGGGGAGCACAAGAGAAACGUGGCUCAGGUUGCCCACGUGGCUCCCUCCCAGGGGGGCUUUGCUCCGCUCCCCACCCCUGCGUUCAGAUGUGUGCACCUCCAUGCCAGCCCAUGCCUGCUGUGCCACACGGUCGCAGUGAGCCAAGCCUCUGAAGGCCGGUCCCUGACAGUGUCAGAGGGGCCGUCCUCAGCCUUGGCCUCCUGGGAUGUCCCUGCAGGAGGGGCUUUGCCGCUGCUGUGGGAGCGGGGUCUCUGAGGCUCCCAGAGUGCCAACCUGAGGGGUCCCCACCCAGGGCCUCCCCCUCUGGGCGCCCCUGCAGGACUGGUGCUCCUGGCUCUGCAUGAGGUCCCAUCCUAGGGACUGGUGCUGUGGCGUAGUGGGUAUGGCAUCCCUUACGGGCGUCGGUUCAAAUCCUGGCUGCGCCACUUCUGAUCCAGCUCCCUGCUGUGGCCUGGGAAUGCAGUAGAAGAUGGCCCCUGCACUGGCAUGGGAGACCCAGAAGAAGCUCCUGGCUCCUGGCUUUGGGUUGGCACAGCUCUGGCCGUUACAGUCAUCUGGGGAGUGAACCAGUGGAAGAAAGAUCUCUCUCUGCCUCUGCCUCCCUGUAACUGUGCCUUUCAAAUAAAUAAAUAACUUAAAAAAAAAAAAAACAAACCUGUCGUAACCUGCGGGUCUGUGGGGCUCCCACACGGCCAUGCCAGGGCCCCCCGUGGGACAAGUGGCUGCCUGGGCAGGGCGUGCCCGCUUGCAGGGUUCUCUGCAGGUGCUGGGCGUUUACCAC